AUGGAUGUUCUUGCUUGGAACUAUCGGGGCAUCAACAACGACGCCGCCAUUCAAGCGCUGCAGCGCCUUAUUCAACAAAAGAAACCUUCUUUUGUUUUUCUCAGUGAAACCAAAGUUCACGACCCAGAUUAUAUGGAUGCCUUGCGACGUCGGAUUGGGCUGUUGAACUGUGAGGCCGUGUUCUCUUGCGGUCAAUCAGGAGGUCUUGCUAUGUUUUGGGUGGAUGGCCUUGAUGUCAGAUUCAAGACGAAGUCAAUGAAUCAUAUCGAUCUGGAGAUACAUUCAACUGAUGGCACUGGUCUACAAUGGAGACUAACAGGGUUCUAUGGUCACCCUACCACGUCGGAACGCCACCGUACAUGGGGUUUGCUAAGGACUUUAAGAGAUGCUUCUGAUCUUCCAUGGGUGGUGGUGGGGGAUUUUAAUGAAAUCCUUCAUGCCAGUGAGAAAGAAGGGGGAGAGCGUCGUCGUGAAGGGCAAAUGCAGCUCUUCAGGGACGCGUUGUCAUUCUGUGAUUUGGUGGACUUGGGUUCCUCUGGUGCCCCGUUCACAUGGAAAGGGCCUGGCAUGCGAAGUCGUUUAGAUCGAGCAGUAGCAUCCCUGACUUGGAUUGAUAUGUUCAUGGAAGCUAGGGUUACCAACCUACCUCCUAUCCAUGGUGAUCAUGUUCCUAUUCUGCUAGGGGUGUACUCCACUCCGGCUCAGGCUCCAUGGCGGAGUUGUCAGAAGCAAUUCCGGUUUGAGAGUUUCUGGGUGCAGCAUGAUGAUUUUUUAGCAUCGGUCAACAAUGGGUGGCAGGUCCCCGUUCAGGGUUCUCCGAUGUUCAAGGUGGUGACGAAUAUUACGAAUACUAGGUUUUCCCUUCGUGCCUGGCAGCGUACCAAAUUUGGGAAUAGAGGUAGGGAGAUUGAGGUAAUCCGUGGUAGACUGCAGCAGCUUCUUGAACUCCCUAUUUCAGUUUCCAAUCAAGAUGAAAGCCUUAGUUUGUCUAUUAAGUUGGACAAGUUACGAAUGAAGAGCAUGAGUAUUGGAUGCAACGUUCAAAAGUCACUUGGUUAUAGGAAGAUGCAGUCCAAGGUUGAGUUGAUUCAGCCAAAGGUCACAGCUGCUAUGAAUGCAGAGUUGUGUGCAAACUAUAUGGAGACAGAGAUUAGGGAGGCUCUUUUCCAAAUGUACCCCACUAAAGCUCCGGGUCCAGAUGGUUCACUUCUCGGUGCAAUUAAUUAUACUCAUAUUUGUUUGAUUCCAAAGGUUGCAAAUCCGGUUCAAGUUUCUGAUCUUCGUCCUAUUGCAUUAUGCAAUGUUCUAUACAAAAUAUGCUCUAAGGCAGUAGCUAACAGGCUUAAGAGAAUUCUGUCUCAUUUGAUUUCCCCUUAUCAAAGUGCUUUUAUUCCUGGUCGAUUGAUUACUGAUAACACACUCAUUGCCAAUGAGGUGUCUCAUCAUAUUCAUACCUGUAUGUCAGCCACUGAAGGAGUCAUGUCUUUGAAAUUGGAUAUGAGUAAGGCGUAUGAUCGUAUGGAGUGGUGUUUCUUGGAAGUUGUGUUGUUACGGUUUGGAUUUGCUGAGUCCUGGGUCCGGAUAAUUAUGCAGUGCGUGACCACGGUACGCUAUUCUUUUCUGAUUAACGGCAAACCUAAGGGUUAUCUUACUCCUACCAGAGGCUUGCGUCAGGGUGAUCCAUUAUCACCAUACUUGUUUCUUUUAUGUGCUGAAGUCUUUUCAGCUUUAUUGGAGAGAAAAGCUUCUCAGGGUUUACUACAGGGGGUGCAGAUUGCCCCGGAUGCACCGGUUGUCCAUCAUUUACUUUUUGCUGAUGAUAGUCUUCUUUUUGGGAAGGCGUCUGUGGAGGAGUGUACUCAUAUCAAGGCUGUUUUGCGUGACUAUGAACUUGCAUCGGGUCAACAAGUGAAUUUUUCAAAGAGCAGUGUGGUUUUCAGCAAGAAGGUGCCAGCAGAACUAGCUUCUCUGUUGGGGGUUGUCAUUGUUCCUAAGCAUGAUAAGUACUUGGGGUUACCAACCUAUGUUGGUAGGAAUAAAACUACCACUUUUUCGUAUAUCAAAGAGAGCCUCAGUAAGAAGCUUGAAGGCUGGCAAGGUAAACUUCUCAGCGGUGCAGGGAAGGAUCUUCUAAUCAGAGUGGUUGCACAAGCUCUACCUUCAUAUUCGAUGAGUUGUUUUCUGCUUCCAAAAAUUUUUUGUGCUUCGUUACACCAAAUGUGUGCUAAGUUUUGGUGGGGUUGUAAGAAAGACAAUCGUAAAAUUCAUUGGAUGUCUUGGGAGAGACUCUGUCAACCAAAAGAGUCGGGAGGUAUGGGUUUUAGGGAUCUCUAUGCCCAUAAUCUUGCUUUACUUGCGAAGCAAGGGUGGAGGUUAGUAUGCUCUCCGAAUUCUUUACUUGCUCAAUUAUAUAGAGCAAAAUAUUUUGCUACUGGUGAUUUUUGGACAGCUUCCUUGAGUGGGUCUCCAUCUUCUUGUUGGAGAGGCAUUAUUGCAGCCCGGACAGUGUUAUUAAGCGGCAUCAGAUGGCAGGUAGGGGAUGGGGCUACCAUUCGCAUCUGGGAUGACCCUUGGUUGCCUAGACCUUCAUCUUUCAAGCCUAUUGUUCGGCCUAUUGCUGGACCGAAUUUUGUGAAGGAUCUUUUUGGGGACAAUGGUAGCUGGAAUAAGGAGUUGGUAUUUAGUCUUUUUGAUGUGGCUGAUGCUAAUUUAAUUCUGAGUAUUCCUCUAAGUUGUAGACCUAUACCGGAUAGAAUUAUUUGGCACUAUGAUGGGAAAGGAAUCUUUACUACACAGACUGCUUAUCAACUGGCUUUUAGUCAGAUGUACGUGAGGGCUUCUUCUUCCUUACCUGAAGCUCACACAUCUAUUUGGAAGAGAAUCUGGUCGGCUAAUGUGUUGGGUAAGAUCAAAGUUCAUAUCUGGCGAAUGGCAUCUUAUAUACUUCCUACAGUUUCUCAAUUACGUGGUAAGCAUGUUUUCCUUGCGAGUGGCUGCUUCUUUUGUAAUGAGAGUGAUGAAUCCAUUGAGCAUGUCUGCCGGGAUUGCUGGUUUGUUAGGGAUGUGCUUUCUAUGUUUGCGGAGUUUAGUGGUAUUACCUCUACUCACCUUGUCCAUUCUUCCAUAAUGGGUUGGCUUGAGUUGUGUUUGGGGAUGCUAAGUGGUGAGCAUUUUAAUCUACUGCUCACUUACCUGUGGUUUUUAUGGAAAGAACGCAAUGGCAGGGUAUGGGUUGGUAAAGGCAUGACGCCGGCACAAAUUGCAGGCCAAGUGCGUGCGCAUGUAUUGCUUGCACGUUCAGUGCGGUCACAAGCUAGGCAGGGACCCCCCAGGCCUCUCAAACCUUGGACUCCCCCUCCUAUUGGGUGGUUGAAAAUCAACUUUGAUGGUGGCUUCCAGAAGAGUACCAACAAGGGUGGUAUUGGGUUCAUUGUAAGGGAUCAUUCCGGGAUUGUUUUGGGAGGUAAGUGUCGCACAAUUGGCUACGCUGAGGCGUCGGACGUGGUUGAGGCCAUGGCAGGCCGUGCAGCAGUUCAAUAUGCCAUGGAGCACGAGCUGGCUCCUGUGAGUUUUGAAACUGACUGCCUUAAACUGGUUAACUCAUUGCUGUCUGAUGGUGAUGAUCUCUCUGGUUUUGGUACUAUAGUCAGGGACAUUGGGUUUCUCAAAGAAUCUGUUCCUUGUUCAUCUUUUGUUCACUGUUACAGAGAGGCUAAUUCAGUAGCCCAUAAGCUUGCUAGUUUAGCUCUCAACUCCGAUUUAGAUCUUGUAUGGCAGGGGCCUGUCCCUGUAGCUAUCAGUAGCGUUGUAGCUACUCCAUGUAUGAACUAG